GUUAGCAAAAUAGAAAUUAGAAUAUACAUUUUACUCUAACCUAUAGAAAAGCAUUUGUUGACGUUUGUCAAAUUUAACAUUGAUACAAGUUGAUUGACUAAAAUAUAUUUAUUAUAUUAUUUAAUAAUAAUUAAAUUAAUUAGUUAUGAUGGUUGUUGACGAAGUUGAAAGAUUGGAGCAUCUUUCAUUGAUAUCUAAAAUUAUAAUUGAAUUGGAAAAUCACUGUGGACACAAUGAAGAAAAUAAAUUACUGGCUGAAUUUAUCAUUAAUUUGGCAGAAGAAAAUCCAAAACUUGAAGAUUUUAAAAAAACAUUAGAAGAAAAUGGAGGAGAAUAUACUGAUUCAUUUGUAAAUAAUUUACAUCGAAUAAUUCAUCAUAUGAAACCACAAAAAUCACAGAAUUCUAAUCAGCCAGGUAGUUCAAGUCAAGCUGAUCCAUUGGCACAUAAAUUUCCAGGGCUUGCAUUGCCAAAUGAGCCAAGAAAUAUAGAUACAACAGAUGAUGCUGCUGUUGUAAAUGAUGCAAUGGCAUUAUUUGAAUCAUUUGCUCCAUCAUCAUCAUCAGCAUCAAAUAAUAAAGCUUCUUCACCAAUUGAUAAAAAUAAACAACGUGAUAAUGACAAAAGAAAUGAUAGAAAAUCUGAUAAAAGUCCAUCACGUCAUAGUAGUAGACGAAAUAGAUCAAGAUCUCGUGAUAGAUAUCGUAAUCGUUCACGUGAUAAAGGACGUGAUCGUUCAAGAGACAACAGAAGACGUGAUAGAUCAAGAGAACGUGAACGUUCAAGAGGAAGAGAUGAUCAUCAUCGUAGAAGAUCAUCAAAUGAACGUUCAUCAUCAAAUCGUCAUUCAAGCAGAGAAAGAUCAAGUAGACAUCAUCGUAGAAGUCGUUCAAAUUCACCAUCAUCAAAAUAUUCAUCAUCAAUGCCAAUUGAUCCAGUUGUUGGUAAUAUUUAUCCUGGUAAAGUUGCAAAUAUUGUACGUUUUGGUUGUUUUGUACAACUUGAAGGUUUACGAUCAAGAAAAGAUGGUCUUGUUCAUAUAUCACAAUUACGAAGUGAGGGAAGAGUUGAAAAUGCUGAAGAUGUUGUAUCACGUGGACAAAAAGUAUAUGUUAAAGUAUUAAGUAUUGGACAAAAAAUAUCAUUGAGUAUGAAAGAUGUUGAUCAACAGAGUGGACGUGAUUUAAAUCCAGUUGUUGCAAAAUCAUCAAAACUUGAAGAAGAUGAAAGACACUUGAGAAAUCCAGAUCGUCCAGUGUCAUUGAUUGAAUUUCAUGGUAAUAUUGAUGAGGAUGAAAUGUAUUCUAAAAAACGUAUACAACGUUUAUCAUCACCAGAAAAAUGGGAACUUAAACAAAUGUUAUCAGCAUCAUGUAUUGAUCGUAGUGAAUUACCAGAAUUUGAUGAUGAAACUGGUGUAUUACCACGUGAGGAUGAUGAAGAAGAAGAUAUUGAAAUUGAACUUGUUGAAGAUGAGCCACCAUUUUUACAAGGACAUGGUAGACAACUUGGUGAUUUAAGUCCAGUUAGAAUUGUUAAAAAUCCAGAUGGUUCAUUGGCACAAGCAGCAAUGAUGCAAAGUGCACUUGCUAAAGAAAGAAGAGAACAAAAAAUGUUACAACGUGAACAAGAAAUUGAUUCAAUACCAACUGGUACAAAUAAAAAUUGGAUUGAUCCAUUACCAGAUAUUGAAUUACAAUCAGCAUCAUCAUCAAAUGCACGUGGUUUUGGUUUACAAAAUCAAGAUUUACCAGAAUGGAAAAAAAAUAUAAUUGGUGAUAAAAAAUCAUCAUAUGGUAAAAAAACAAAUUUAACACUUGUUGAACAACGUGAAAGUUUACCAGUAUUUAAAUAUCGUGAAGGUAUAAUACAAGCUGUUACUAAUAAUCAAAUGAUAGUUGUUGUUGGUGAAACUGGAUCAGGUAAAACAACACAAAUAACACAAUAUUUAGCUGAAGCUGGUUUUACUGCACGUGGUAAAAUUGGAUGUACACAACCACGUCGUGUUGCUGCAAUGUCUGUUGCUAAAAGAGUUGCUGAAGAAUUUGGUUGUCGUCUUGGUCAAGAAGUUGGUUAUACAAUACGUUUUGAAGAUUGUACAUGUCCAGAAACACAAAUUAAAUACAUGACUGAUGGUAUGUUAUUACGUGAAUGUUUAAUAGAUCUUGAACUUAAAGCAUAUUCAGUUAUUAUGUUGGAUGAGGCACAUGAAAGAACAAUACAUACUGAUGUAUUAUUUGGUUUAUUAAAAGAAGCUGUUAAAAAUAGACCAGAUUUAAAAAUAAUAGUUACAAGUGCAACACUUGAUGCAUUGAAAUUUGCAAUGUAUUUUAAUGAUGCACCAGUAUUUGAAAUACCUGGAAGAACAUUUGCUGUUGAUAUAUUAUAUACACGUGAACCAGAAACAGAUUAUCUUGAUUCAGCAAUGAUAACUGUUAUGAAUAUACAUUUAAGAGAACCACCAGGUGAUAUAUUAUUAUUUUUAACUGGUCAAGAAGAAAUUGAUACAUCUUGUGAAAUACUUUAUGAAAGAAUGAAAUCACUUGGACAAAAUGCACCAGAAUUAAUAAUAUUACCUGUAUAUUCAGCUUUACCAAGUGAAAUGCAAAGUCGUAUAUUUGAUCCAGCACCACCAGGUUCACGUAAAGUUGUUAUUGCAACAAAUAUUGCUGAAACAAGUUUAACAAUUGAUGGUAUUUAUUAUGUUGUUGAUCCUGGUUUUGUUAAACAAAAAGUAUAUAAUUCAAAAACAGGAAUGGAUAGUUUAAUUGUAACACCAAUUAGUCAAGCUGCUGCAACACAACGUGCUGGUAGAGCUGGACGUACUAAUCCAGGUAAAUGUUAUAGAUUAUAUACUGAACGUGCAUUUCGUGAUGAAAUGUUACCAACACCAGUACCAGAAAUUCAACGUACAAAUUUAGCAACAACAGUAUUACAACUUAAAGCAAUGGGUAUUAAUGAUUUAUUACAUUUUGAUUUUAUGGAUAAACCACCAGUUGAAUCAUUAAUAAUGGCAUUAGAAACAUUACACAGUUUAAGUGCACUUGAUGAUGAAGGUUUACUAACAAGACUUGGUAGACGUAUGGCUGAAUUUCCACUUGAACCAAAUUUAUCUAAAAUGCUUAUAAUGAGUGUACAUUUACAAUGUUCUGAUGAAAUAUUAACAAUUGUCAGUAUGUUAUCAGUACAAAAUGUUUUUUAUCGUCCAAAAGAUAAACAAACACUUGCUGAUCAAAAAAAAGCAAAAUUUAAUCAAGCUGAAGGUGAUCAUUUAACAUUAUUAGCUGUUUAUAAAUCAUGGGAAAAUAAUAAAUUAAGUAAUGCAUGGUGUUUUGAAAAUUUUGUACAAGUUAGAACAUUAAAACGUGCACAAGAUGUUAGAAAACAAUUAUUAGGUAUUAUGGAUAGGCAUAAACUUGAUGUUGUUAAAGCUGGUAAAAAUACUGUUAGAGUACAAAAAGCAGUAUGUUCUGGUUUUUUUAGAAAUGCUGCUAAAAAAGAUCCACAAGAAGGUUAUAGAACACUUGUUGAUAGUCAAGUUGUUUAUAUUCAUCCAAGUAGUGCUCUAUUUAAUCGUCAACCAGAAUGGGUUAUUUAUCAUGAAUUGGUACAAACAACCAAGGAAUACAUGAGAGAAGUCACGACUAUUGAUCCAAAAUGGCUUGUUGAAUUUGCACCGGCUUUCUUUAAAUUAUCUGAUCCAACUAAAUUAAGUAAAUUCAAAAAAAAUCAACGAUUAGAACCUCUCUAUAAUAAAUAUGAAGAGCCAAAUUCUUGGAGAAUUUCUAGAGUUAGAAAACGUCGUAAUUAAGCUGUUUUUUUAAAUUAUAUACAUCAGUAGAAUAUCCAUUUUAUUUCUAAUUUUUUUUUUUUUUAUGUACAUUUAUUUUAUUAUUUAAAUAAUUAAAUUUUGUCAAAUGACAAAUUGAUUUUUCUUUUAAUUAGCGAAAAAAAUAAAAAA